AUGGACAAGCUGUCGGAUGCGUCGGCGAGUUUCGCCUGCCUCAGAUACGGCGAAUGCACGGCCAGCUCGAUUGUCAAGGCGCUGGACAACUUCUUGGUAGCCGUGCAACAGAUGAAGGACAUCGUGAUGGUGCCCAGCCGUCUGCUGGACAUGACGUCGACGAUCACCGAGGUGCAGCAUGAAAGUGGCGGCGACGGAUACGCCGCCUUAGUUCCUUUCGUGGACGCGGAAAACGCUGCCAGAGAGUAUCCGCUGUUCACCUUCUACCAAAUGCUACAGAUGAUCCGCAACGAGCUGGUCAGUGGUACCAGUUGCGGCGACGGUGACGGCGACGCGACGACCGGCCACGAGCAGUGUCAAGUGGACGAACAGAUGCAUCGUAUGGCGAACGCGUUCCAACAGCAUCUGCAAGGUCUGUUCACGAUUCUUCGCCAGCUGACCAAUACAGCCGUCUACCUCUCGAAGCGUUACCAAGAUGACGUCGACAAACGCGACGUACCUCAGUCGUCGUGGUAA